AUGCCUGCCAUCACGCACAUCCUCUUCGACUGCGACAACACGCUCGUGCUAUCCGAGCACAUCGCCUUCGCGGCAUGCGCCGAGCUCUCGAACGAGCUUCUCGAGAAGUACGGCAAGGAGCACCGCUACACGCCCGAGGCUGCACUGCACGAGUUCGUCGGCAAGAAUUUCCGCACCAUGCUCGGCGAAGUUCAGCAGAAGCACGGCUUCACCAUGCCGCCCGAAGAGAUCGACGCAUACGUCGCGCGCGAGCUCGGUGUCGUCAUCGCGGGCCUGCGCGCUAAUGCGAAGCCGUGCGAGGGUGUUCCUGAGACGCUGGCACGGUUGAAGAACGAGAACAAGUACAAGCUCGCGGUCGUUUCCAGCUCGGCGCUGCCUCGCGUCGAGGCGAGCAUCGAGGCCGUCCAGAUCGACCACUACUUCCCGUCCGGCACCGUCUUCAGCGCCAUGAACUCGCUUCCCGUGCCAACAUCCAAGCCCGACCCCGCCGUUUAUCUCUUCGCUUGCGAGAAGCUCGGUGCAACACCCGCAGCAUGCGUUGCGAUUGAGGACAGCCGCUCAGGCGCGACGGCGGCGCGCCGUGCAGGGAUCACGCUCAUUGGCUACGUUGGCUGCUAUGACGAUGCUGAGGAGCGUACGCGCAUGCGCGACAUCCUCAACGAAGUGGGCGCUGUAGCUAUCCUGGAGCACUUUGACCAGCUUGAGGAGGUCAUGAAGAAGAUCGAGGCCGCUUGA